AUGAAAGCAAGAGGGAAAGGGGGCAACUGCCGGAGGAGGAGUCAACGGCGGACCGACAAUCUGGGCGAGAAGUGCAGGAGCCGGGCACAAGAGGGACGAGAACUCCUGACAGGGACACAUAGAAAGGACUACAGAAGAGUUGAACUCGGGGAUAAAAGGAGCAACAGUACCAGGGGCGAAUUAACAGAAGAAACAGAAGAAGAAACAGACAAGGGAAACAAUAGAGAGAAGAUAAGACCCAGAGAAUCUACAACAAAGAUGACAAGUUUGCACGGUUGGUUAGAGCACCUCUGGGAAAAGAGCAAAAGAAACUGCGUCAGAACGGCAACCUCCGACCAAGAUGAAAGGAAGACAAUAUGCGACUAUCAGCCAACGGGACGGCAAUUUCCCAGAGGAGGAGUAGACGACCGCUGGGCGACAAUAUUGGGCCCGGGUAAUCUCAUGUUCACAAAUACUAGUAGAGCGGCCGAAAUAGUCUGCAGGGGUCUGGAGAAGUGGGCAGCUAGCCUCAUCCCAGACAAGGGCGGCGGAAGAUGGGAACAGGCCAAAUGUGACAAAAGGAGCUUAGGUCUUCGGGGUACCCUGAAGGGUGACAUAAGAUGCGUAUGGGAGGCACAACACACCAAAUGGGAACAGAUAACUAACGAGGCUGUGUUAACAUCUUCUAGGGGAGAAAACCGUAGCCUGAUGAUAUGCAUGGAUAUCGUCUCAAUAAUCUGGGGAGUCUUUCGAAACAGUGAAAGAAAAGACAGAAUUCUGAACUAUGGAAACAGUAACUUAUGUCAAGCCCUGUACAGCAAAUUUAAACAGUGGGGAAACGAAGAAAUAGCCAAAGAAAUAAUGAACUUCUGGUUUCCCGCGGGGGGGUCAGGAAUAACGAUCGGGGGAAAAAGCUACAAAGAAGGAACACACCAAGGAGAACAGUGGAGUCGGACUCUUUACCUCCCAGGAAAUAAAGUCACGGCGUUGCAGUGCUAUAUCGACAGUGGGCGAGGGAAAGAUUCGUACGAAACCAGCUGCUACUGGAGCUUCGAAAGUCAGGGUUGCCAAGCCGAGGAGGAUACUACGUGGGUAAGACCUAGAGACGAAGUGAGUCCUCCAUAA